UAGCACACCUCCUCUCACCUAGCACGCCAAAGCCUCGUCCAAGCCUCACAAAUCCCCCUCAACAUCCUCAAUCCUCUCAUCACCGCCACAAUGUCCUCAACCACCACUCCAUCAGGUCCCGUAACUCGAAUCGCAACAUUCCGCUUCCAUCCGCACGUCACCGCGACUCAAAAGGCUGACCGCGCACGUGCUUUUCUUGAGCUAUAUGCACAGCAUCCGGAGUUGGUGUUUGAGGGACCGAAGGGUGGCAGGCCGCUGGAUACAAAGCUGGAGUUGACGGGAGUGAAGAGGGAAGUGGGGUGGGAUUUGGGGUUUGUGGUUGUAUUUAAGGAUGAAGAAGCGAGGAGAACGUUUGAUAGUAAUCCAGGGCAUGAGAGUCUGAAGAACGAAACAGAUCCGCUGCUUGCGCAAGUUUUUGUGUAUGACUUUGUCAAGCAGGAGAAUCUGGGGUGGUGAUGGCUUUUGAACGAAGCAUCGAAGAGCUGCCGGUGUGCAUCUAGGUUAACAGAAGCACAUUCUAUAGUUUGCCAGACUGAGUGAGAGGGGAAUUUGAAGAGGAUUGUAAAUGAACGGGUAUUUGUCAUGGUCAGGAGGUAAGAGCUCUAGACGAUGGCAAAAACCACACAACAAGACGAGUAUGACUUCUACAGAAGCAGUGACGUGAAAGAAAAAAUUAAAAGACAUGGUAAUUGCGGCAAAGAAGAAAGACUACCGCGCAGACUGAUCGUGGUGCUUCUGUACAAGUACAAUCCUAACUCGUACACCUACGUUCUGGAUCCU